AGACCAGCAAAGGGAGCCAUUCGAGGAUACGCGGGCGCCAGGGGCCCCGCGGCCCUGGAGGCGUUCGGGGCGGGGCCGCGCUGCAGGCUGCGCAGCUCUGCAGUUGCUGAGCAUUCCUUCCCUAAAGGAAGAGUCCGCGGUGGGACAGCGGCGGCAGUUGGCGCAAGGCUACCGGCCCCACAGCUGAAGACCGGCUCUUCCCGCACCAGCGCCCUGGGGCUGCGCGCGACACAGGCGGCCUGGGGCCUGCGGAGCCCCGGGUGCGCGCCGCCGCUGCUCCUCCUGCUGCUGUUGGAACUAGUGCGGGAGAGCGCGACAGAGAGUCCCUGGGGGCUGCCCUCGGUGGGCAAUGACCCAGCUGCCUUAGCAAAGGUGUUGAUGGCAGAACUGACCAGCCUGAAGUUAGAAAACAAGCCGUGGCCUGGAGGGACGCACUCCCUCCACUACCACUACCUGGCCCUGUCAGAGCCAGGCGCCGGCCUCCCCCAUUUUCUGGCUGUGGGCUAUGUGGACGACCAGCCCUUCAUCCGUUAUGACAGUCGUGUGGGCAGGGCUGAGCCGCAGGCCCUGUGGAUGGCACCCAUGGACACCCAGUACUGGGAGAAGGAGACCCAGAAGCACAGGUCCUGGGUAGAAGUGCAACGGGCAGAGACAUGGAGACUGAUGAGCUACUACAACCAGAGCGACGGCACGCACAGCACUCAGCGUAUGUUCGGCUGUGAUAUCAGGGAGGAUGGCCGCUCCAGCAGCUUCUGGCAGUUUGGCUUUGACGGGCAGGACCACCUGACUCUGGACCUGGAGACUCUGAGCUGGGUGUCAGCUGUGCCCAUGGCUAUGAGGACCAAGCACCGGUGGGAGUCGGAGCCCUGCCUUGCGGAGUAUGACAAGGUCUACCUGGAAAGCCUCUGCCUCACCUCUCUGCGCAGGUAUCUGGAGCUGGGAGGCCAGCACCUCACCCGCAGAGAGCCCCCCAAGGUGCAGGUGACAAGGCAGUCCACCCAGGAUGGGGGCGCCAUGCUGAGGUGCUGGGCCCUGGGUUUCUACCCACGGGAGAUCUCGCUGAGCUGGUGGCUGGGGGAGGACGAGCUGGCCCUGGAGACUGAACACGUGGAGACUCGCCCCAGUGGGGACGGCACCUACCAGACGUGGGCAGCUGUACGGGUGCCUGCCGGGCAGGAGGCCCGGUACACCUGCCACGUGCAGCACUCUGGCCUGAACCACACGCUCACUGUGGCCUGGGGACCGCCCUCUCAUAAUGCACUCAUGGCCGUGGUUCUCCCCGUCUUCCUGCUCUUGCUGGCGGUUGGAGCUGGAGUUGUGAUUUUCACCAAAAAGUUCCGUCAAGGUGGAGAGGAGCCCCCAUAGUUCCCAACGCUCAGCAAGAGCAGGGGCUGCUCAGCUCUUCUGUGACAGAAGUUCACCAUCAGAGACCAAGGACGUGUUCUGUGGGGUUUUGGGGGGCUGCAGGCUCCCUGCACUAGCUGGCUGGCAGAUGUGAUCCGACCAUGAUGGGCCGUCCCGCACCCAAACUGAGCCCUCGUCACCCCCACCAGCCUCGUCACAAGUGGUGUGUGCCACUAAGAUGCUUUUGUCAUCUUCCUGAAGUCCUUUCAAAAAUGUACUUGUUUCCUGUUUGGGGGGUGUGGAGGGGGGCAGUAAUGGUUCCUCAGAUCGUUCACACUUAACAGUAGGCAGAAUGGUUUCAUGUUCACUGUAAAUCCCACCUGAGCCUCUCAGGCACCCUGUGAGUUUGGCAAUGUGAUUCUCACCCCCACUUUCCCAACAUGGGAACCGAGGCUCCAGGCAGUUAAGGAAGAAGCAGGACACAGUGAAGGAGUUAUGGGGCCAGCAUCCUGCAUCCAUCUGCUAGCACCGGGGAGAAAUGGCUGAAUGCCUACCUCUCUGUAUGAGUGUGUUCUGAUAUGUAUGUGACCCCUUUUGUAAAGAAGAUGAGAGUGUUGGAGGAGUGUGAGCUAUUUGUGAGUGUGGGUGUGGGUAUGUGUGGUGUGAGGAUGUGUGACAGUGAGGGGGUGU